AUGGGAACCAACGCCUGGAUCCUAGACGGCCAAAAUAGCACCGAAAGCCUAAAGAGAACCAGCAUUCGACAACUGCCCGUAUUGGGCGAUCAUGACGUCCUUGUGCAGAUGCAUGCUGCAUCGUUGAAUCAUCGCGAUGUUGCUAUUGCCGAAGCGCUGCAUGGCCUCUCCCUCGAAAAGCCAGUAAUCUCCACCUCCGACGGCUCCGGCAUAGUCCAUGCAACCGGCGCAAAAGCAAAGACUUUCAAGCCCGGUGUUAAAAUCUUGACCGGUCUGGGCCAUGGUACAGACGGGGCAUUAUGCACUUAUGGGAUUUUCCAUGAGACAGCCCUUGUAGUGAUGCCGGAGGGAUUGUCAUUUGUUGAGGCGAGUAUGUUGCCGUGUGCGGGGUUGACGGCUUGGAAUGCGUUGUUUGGGUUACGCGGGUUGAAGGGGAUUAAGGAGGGGGAUGUCGUGCUUGUGCAAGGAACGGGGGGUGUUUCUGUUCUUGCGAUGCAGUUUGCGCUUGCGGUGGGAGCGAUUAUCAUCGCAACGACGAGUAGCGAGUCCAAAGCCCAGAAACUUACCUCUCUGGGUGCACAUCAUGUGCUCAACUACAAGACAAACCCAAACUGGGGCGAGACUGCAAAGGGCGUGCAUGUCGUUGUUGACGUUGGCGGACUUGCGACGAUCGGCCAGUCACUUGAAUCCGUGCGGCCGGAAGGAGUAAUUUCUGUGACUGGAUUGCUGGGUGACUUGCCCGGCGCAGCGCAGACUGCUACGUUGUUGGGGUGCUUGGUGAAUGCUUGCGUUGCGAGGGGUGUGGUGCUGGGAAGUAGAGAGCAGUUCGAGGAGAUGAAUCAGUUUAUGGAAGAGAAGGGGGUGAAGCCAGUUGUUGACGAGAGGGUGUUUGGGUUUGAGGUGAGGGAGGCGUAUGGAUAUAUGAUGGGGCAGGGGCAUUUUUCGAAGGUUUGUAUUCAGAUUCAGUAA